ACAGGGACGAAGGCGACCCACAAGACAAGAAAAACCAAAAUUGGAUACUCGAAUCCCAUCCAUCCUUUUUUUAUUUUUUUUAUUUUAUUUUUUUGUUUAAGGUCUAUCUGAGACUGAAAUCUCAUAUUGCUCUCUUGCUUUUCUCUCACAAAGGAAUCAGAAAAGAAAAAAUAAGUGGUUGUGCGUGGUGGUGGUGGUGGAUGGCAAAAACCAACAGGUAUACCACCAUUAAUUUCAACCAUAUUUAUGACAAAAACCUCCCCAACAAUUCCAACCCCAAUAACGCUAGCAAUCCAAUCAAAACUUCUUCUUCUUCUUCUUCAUCUUUGGCGUCUUUGUCUUACUCUGCAAUCUCUGCUCCCAAUAACAAGCCCCAUGGACGCAUGCUCGUCUUAACCCGUCCGACCCACAAACCCAUAUCGAUCCCACCACCGCUCUCUCCCCAACCUCAAUCUCAAUCCUCGCACCAACCCCAGCAAAACAAAGUUCCAGAUCAGGAUCGAUCUGAACAAGGUUCGGAUACUAUAUCACUUCGUCCGUUGGGGAGGACUGGGGUCGGAUCUCCUAUUUUGUCUUCGGCUUUGGGCCAAGAGAAGGAAAAAGAUAAGGAGCAUUCGCUUUUGGUUGUGUCCGCAAAGACAGACAAGUUUGUUCCUCCUCAUCUUAGACCAGGUUUUGUGGGCAGGGAGGAGAGGCCCGGACCAGAGGUGAUCCGAACUCGGGAGGCGGGUCAGAAGCAUAUUGUGUCCCCGGGUCGAUAUGAUGAUCACGAUCGACCCAAAUCGGGUGGUGGGUAUGAGAGGAUGAAGAGAGCUGGUGAGUCAGAUCUUGGAAUUGCAGGUCGGCCGAGAUCGAGUGGGAAUCGGCCAAGUUCCAGUGGAUGAUUCGAUUAAAAGGCCGAAUGCUUUGCUGAGGACAAAGAUGGAUCUUUGUAGACACCAGAAAUGGAAUCUCUUUGGCCAUCUGCAGCUAUUUUUGUACUUCUCGAAUGGAACUUUGGGAGGAAUCUUCAAAAUCUCAAUCACUGGAAGUAGAAUCAAGCAACUUUCACCUUUGUUAACCCCAAACAAAUUUUGUAGAUUGAAUCAAAAAGGAAAAGGCUCAAGCACACAGUUUUUUUGUGCUUGGUCGUUGGCUCUGUUUUAUUAUCAAAAGGGGACCUGGAUAUCUAUGUAAUGUAUAAUUUUCUUGUGGUUUUUACUUAAACCGUUUAAAGGAGAACAUCAUCAUUGGAUGCUGCCAUUUUUAUCA